UAAUUUUAAAUUUCAAAAUCGCUCUCUCUGAAGAUACACUUGAAGAACCAGAACCCCCAGGCUCUCUUAAUUAAAAACGCUCCGAUCGAGUAAAAAUCUUUCAAUGGCUUCCACAGAUAAGCGAGUUCUGAACUUUUCUGCCGGUCCUGCUAAACUACCCGAAGAAGUAAGUGCAACGAUCUUCAACUUCACUCUAAUUUCUUAUUUUAUUUCACUUGUGAUCCGGGCGAAGUUAGUUUUGUCCCUUCGCACUGCGUUGCAUAACUAUCCUUUCUUGCCUUGUGUAUGGAUUUCUUGUAAAAUCAAGGUUCUUAAAUACCCUCUAUACAAUUCAUUGUAAAAGUGAGAGCUUUGAUGUGCUCAGACAUUUAACGGCGCUCGUGAUCAGUUAAAACUAUCACUAUUUCUUCGUCUUGUUAACAAGAAUUUAGCGCUGACCACGACUUGAUCUUUAUCUCCUUAGUAAUCUUGUUGUAUCUAGGCGAAAGUCACGAUGAAUCGGCCCAAAAUAUAACGAAAUGAAUGGUAAACAUAAGUGAAAGUACUUAGCUAACGCGGACGUUAGGGCAAACUUCAAAAUCCGCGAACUGAACGAAAUUGGCGCGUUUCCCUAAUAUGGGGAGCAAGGUGAAUGCGUUUCCCUAAUAUGGGAGAAGAGCAGAACAUCGAAGGGAGAUUCCUUGGGUUGAGGUUAUGAGACACUUCUAGUUCAAGACGGUGCCUGCCUUCAAUUAUUAUGUGUGACUUGCAGGCGGAAUUGACGGGUCGUGAGAGCUUUUCUUUGCCCAGAUUGGUUCUAGGUUUGCGCCAUCUUCCCAAAAUCGACCACGCAAAUCAUUGAAGAAAUAUAAAUUCACAGGAUGGCCUUGGCGUGCAAUUUUCAUCAAUUACAUUUGCUUUAGGAAGUAUGUCCUCGAAAUGACAGGGAAGCGUCGAGUGUUUUUACAUGAAAAAUUACUAAUUUUUGGAAUAUGGAAGAAAAUUUGGCUGAUGCAAUACUUCAGCAAUUUAAUAUUCAUUUUGCUGUCAUUCAAAGAGUGUUUCGUAACCUUUGAAUUUGAUAUCAACAUGUCUAUAAUGUAUGUCACAAGGGCUCUUUUGUAUUUAUACUGAACCUAGACUUGCAUUCAUGGCUAACAGAAAUUACUUGAAAUUAUCCUGAACUUCAACUCAUUUCCAUCGCAUUUAUCUAUGACAUUUUAAAGCUUUCUUCUGUCACUUGUAGAUCAUACAUGUAGUUCCACAAAAGGAAGAUGAAAAUGAGCUGGGCUUGUUCUUUUUGAAUAAUUAAAUAUCAUUGAUAGUAACUCAGAAAAGCAGAAUAAUGUUUAUUCUAGAAGUAGCAUUGAUGGAUCCAAAACAAUAUUCUUUCUCUUCUAUACUUCUAAAACAUUACAAAUAAAGUUACACACGAGCAUAUUGCAUAACAAGCAACAUACCAGUCCUCAGCUAUUUUCCCUAAUCUUUCAAGCUACUCUUUGUAGAUUCACCCUUAGAUUGCUAGCAUGGGUGGUUUGAAUUCUAGAUGGAUUAAAAACGAUUUUCAGUUUAUUAAGAUGGGGUGUAUAUGUCAUGUUUCUUUAAACAGGAAACUUAACUCGUUCUGGUAAUGCCCCUCUGCUUAGGAGUAAACUGGGUGCAGACUAUCUGGAGAAGUUUGAAAUUCUCACAUUGGGGGGGAAGAUAGCUCUCCUUUGGAAACAAAGAGGAACUAUGGCAGAUUAUUGACCUCUUGUCUUAUAUGUAGAUUCAACCACAUUGUGUAUUGAUGUGAUGAGUGUCUUUAAUGUGAAUUUUACAUGGUAUGCACUCUGGUUUUCUAGGUUAUGUAUAGUUAAUUUUUUGGCUAUAAAUUUUUUUUUGCUAGGUUUUGAGUCAAGCUCAGAAGGAAUUGCUGAAUUAUGACAACCUUGGAAUUAGUGUGAUGGGUAUGUUUACUCACUUUCUGGACUUUGCUUUAUUUUUCAUUUUCUUUUCGCACUUCUUAAAGGUUUGAAUAUUUAGGUAUGUGUUUGUUAAAGCUGUCGUUAGGCACAUCUUUCCAUCAUAAGUUGUUUUCAAAAUUUUGAACCGAAGACAUUUUAUAAUGCUUUGAACAUUGUAUAUCCCACCUCACAGAAAUGAGCCACAGAUCUGCUCACUUUGCUAAGAUUGUCAAUGAAGCUGAAAGUGAUCUCAGGGAACUGCUGUAAGUUUAUUUGUCUAAUAAUCUCUUGUUAGUUUUAAUAUUAUUCUAGAAUGAAAAAACAAUAUCAAGAGUGUUCUUAUUACAGUUAUAUUCAGCAUUGUUUUGAGGUUGAAACUCAUUUACUUGCAGUAACAUACCAGACAAUUACAAGGUCCUUUUUCUUCAAGGAGGUGGCACUGGGCAGUUUUCUGCAGUUCCUCUUAAUUUAACCAAAGGUACAGUGUAAAGACAGUAUUUAUGAUGUAAAAUAGCUAUCAUGUAGCUUAUCGUUGCAGGACUGUCAAAUAAGAGAUUUAAAGUAGGGAACAAAUGAGAAAUACAUGUAGUACAUGUGAGUUGUGAAAUUAUUGUGGCCACCAUGUUGAUUUAUCACAUUACACACAAGAUUAGGGACUAUCUUGAUUAAAUGUCUUAGUCAUUCUGUAGACAAAAAAUAAUUUUUUUCAAUCAUUAGAGUUAUUAUUUUAGUCAGAAAGAACUGUUUGGUUUCUUUGCAGAGGGAGCAUCUGCUGAUUAUAUUAUUACUGGGGCUUGGUCAGCUAAAGCCGCAAAAGAAGUAAGUUUGUUGUCUAGAUAAAAAAGUAUAUACAUUUCUGAACAUUAACAGUCUUGUUCAAAGUAGGAUAAUCAAUCUUGUAAAUUACUGUGAAUUCAUGUUAUUUAAAUGUGAGUCUGUAGCUAAAGGCAAGGUGAGAUUAAUUCCUUCAUAUAUGGCUUUGUAUCUAGCCAUUCAUUUGUGCACUGUGGGCCUUAAAAUGUGAUUUUUUUUCUGAGAAGUGGCCAUGAAGUUUUGUAUUAAAGUCACUGUGGUUUUUUUUCUUGUAGGCAGAAAAAUAUCUCGAAGUAAACCCGGUUUUCAAGAAGUUGGACAAAUAUGACAGUGAGUAUUAUCUGAGUCAUUUGAAUCCCCUCAGACAAACAAGCAUUGUUUAAUCAGUUUUUAAAAAAAGAAAAUUCAGGAUUCUGCUAUAGAUGUUAAGAGAGGUGUAAAAAUGACACCUCUACCUGGAAGUGACUCUCUCUGUUUAAAAUUAGCUUUCUGGGUGACCUUUUCAACUAUAAAAAUGGUAUAAUGCCUGAUUUAAUAAUUUUGUUUCAUUGAAGGAAUUCCCUCACAGGAAGAAUGGAAUUUAAAUCCAAAUGCAUCAUAUGUCUAUUACUGUGCCAAUGAAACAAUUCAUGGUAAGUCCUCAUCCUUAUUUUGUCUCUUCCCCCUCCUUUUCUUUCCCCCCCCCCCCUCAAAAAAAAAAAGCAAUUGAAAAUGAAUAGUACUGAAUCAAAUACUGGAUUCUGAGUCAAAUCAUAAAAAAAGACAUUUGUUGCAGUACAUGUAGUAAUAUUUGAGAUAUCUUCAUUGGGAACUCUUCUUACCAAAAUGUAAAAUUGUUUUAAUGCAGGAGUGGAAUUUGACUUUGUCCCAGAGACGAAUGGGGUACCGCUUGUAUGUGACAUGUCUUCAAACAUCUUGUCCAGACCUGUUGACAUCAGUAAGGUAAGCUACACAAAGAACUUUUUUUAUGGACACUAGGAAUAUACAGGAAAAAAGUCAAAUAAGUAGUGAUAAAAUUAUAAUUAUUAGUUUUACAUCUUGAAUUAUUCUAAUUUCUCCGUACAGUUUCAUCCCUGAAUCACGUAUAAAGCUCACAAGAAUAAAGUAAAUGACCACUGACCAAAGAAACUCUUGAUUGUUGCAUAAAUUCUCCUGUCAGUACCUUAGGAAAUGUAUAGAGAAAAGUGCAGAGAAUUUUCAUACUGAUUUUAGGGUGUAAAAGGUUAAAUAAAGGUUUUUUUUUUUUUUGGCCCUAGUUUGGACUCAUCUAUGGUGGAGCUCAAAAGAAUAUUGGUUGUGCAGGAGUUACUGUUGUUAUUGGUAAGCUUAUUGUGAAAGACAUUGGUGAUUUCAUUAAACGAUGGUGUAUGUUAAAAAUUGAUUUUUAUUUUUUUCUUUUAAAUUUCAGUGAGAGAAGACCUGAUUGGUUCUCCCCGGCGAGAAUGCCCAGUUGUUUUUGAUUACAAGGUAAUUAAUUAAGUUACUUAAUAGGCUCUUAUUAGAGAGCUAAUUUAUGACUUGGGCAUCCAAAACAAAGCUUCCUAAUUGAUAUUUUCAUUGAUUUAGUAUUCCUAAUGGCAACUUAAUAUCUACCUACCGGUAGGUGUUUUUGGCACCCCUAAACCACCAACUGUCUGGGUUUUACUUAUAAUUUUUCCACUUUACUAGAAUUUGAAAGUAGUAAUGUUGAUUUCUUUCUUGGCAGAUCCAGGCCGGUAUGAAUUCAUUGUACAACACACCUCCAACAUACAGUAUUUAUAUCAUGGGUCUGGUUUUCAAGUGGCUUAAGAGGAUUGGUGGAAUUCAAGGUACACAAAAAUUUAAUUUACCAAUAUUAUUCAUCAGCUGCCUUAGGCUGUAGAUAAUGAAAUUCAGAUUAAUAGUUAUUCCAAGAUGAAGGAAAGACAGGAAUUCAGUUUGUGUUGUUACAAAUGGUGUCACUAUAUCAAGUGACUAGGUCAGGUAAAUUUGCUCUUAUGUCAUCAAUUACACAGAAAUUUGACGUUAUAAUGUAUCUGUUUUUUUUCUAUGCUUCUGGUGAUAAUCAGUUUAUGAUUUUUUUUUGCUUUUCUGAAUUUUUUUUUCUUUUGGCCAAUGUUGAACUGCAAACUACAUGUUGUAUCAUGACAAUCAAACAUAUAUAUGUAUAUGUAAGUGUGUAUAUAUAUAUAUAUAAUGUAUUCAUUUUCUUCAAAAUUUUUUUCACAGAAAUCAACAGAAUAAAUCAAUUGAAAUCAGAUCAUGUGUAUGAGCUCAUUGAUGCAUCAAAUGGUUUCUACUGGUAAGAUCACCUGUUUUUCAUUUGUGUUUUAAAAUGCAGAUUCAUAGUUUGAUUGUAUGGGUGUAGAUUGAUGUUUUAUAGCAGCAUGACUGAGCAGAGAAUUUUGUGAACAAACACCUUUGAUGAGAAUCAGCCAGAACUGCCAGGGAAAAUUAAAAGUGAACAAAUUUUCAAGUUAAGUGCAGCCAUAUACUUUGACCCUUUGAGAGAGUAAAUUUUGGAUAUCAAAGCAAAGGCUUCAGCAUCAAAAAAGGUCCUUGCUCCCUUUAGAAGACUGAAAGGCUGCCCCUGAGUUGUGUAGAGGAGAGACUAGGCAUUGGCUCUGUUUCCCAAGUAGCCCGAAUAACAAAAUAACAUUUAUAAGCCACAUCAAAGUACACAACAGGAGAUCUCAUUCUUUUGAUGUGAUAUUAUAGUGGUACCGUGGAGAAGAAGAGCCGCUCCAGAAUGAAUGCUCCUUUCAGAAUUGCUGGUCUAGGAGGAGACCAGGAACUGGAAAAGAAGUUUAUCGAAGAAGCCGCUGCCAAAGGCAUGAUCCAGCUCAAAGGACAUAGGUUAGUUAUCUUCAGGAAACAAAUGAAUGUCGGUACUUCUUGGUGUGUGUGUGUGCAUGUGUUUGUUUUUUUUUUUUCCUUCAAUGUUGGCAGAGGAGUACCACACUAGAAUCUGAAUGAGAGAAACUACCUUUACCCUGGGGAUCAUGGCUUUUUGCCAUGUGAAGUGAAUGUGUUGUGUUCUAAGGAGAACUAGGUCGCAUAAGAGUAUAUGUGGAAAGGGAUUGUAGCAAAUUGUUGGGCAAAUGUAACUAAGUGAUGCAGAGUACCUUGUAUUUUAAGAAAGUCAGUGAAUUUCGUACAAGAUGUUGUUAUAGAUAUGAAAGAAAACCAUGGGUGCCAAUUUAUCUCCAUGAAUCUGCAAAUAAUGCAGUUAAAUUACCCACACCCUUCUGUAGACAUUCAUCAUUUUGGUUCCUUAGUGAAGAAAAAAAUAUUAAAUUUUUGCUGUUACACUAUUAGUGUUGCUGAAUUCCCCUCACUAGUCUCAGUAUGUUGGUGGACCAAUAAUUUGAUGGGGACUGGGUAGGGAGCAGUUACUGGUGAUGAAAACUUCAAGGGGUGAGAGGAGGGAACUUGUCAUUCCUACUGAAAUAGAUAGAUGGUAAUUUAGGCCUCUAUUGUGUGACAUUUCAGGUCUGUUGGAGGCAUAAGGGUAUCUAUGUACAAUGCUGUAAAACUUGACGAUAUAAAAACGCUAGUGGACUUCAUGACCGACUUCAGACAACGAUAUGAAAAGCAGUGA